AUGGCUCGCUCGCUCACGGGAGUCUGCCGCCGCCUCCGCGGCCCGCCCCCCACUUCCCGUCCUUCAGCCGGGAGGGAGCCUGCAUGCCUGUCUAGACCCAUCUAUCACAGGCACACCAACAACACCCGCGAGAGCGCGGAGACCUUACCCAGGUCCCCCUGCCCGCACGGUUCCCGGCGGACAGAACGCUGGAGCGUGACCGCGCCUGCAGGGUCGGGGUGGGACUCUACGGGCUCGGGCUGCCCCGAGCGCACAGCGGGUCCGGCCCGGCCCCGGCCCACAGCGCUCCCGCCAGCCCGGCUGCCGGGGCACAGUCACAGCUCUGCGCGCCGAUUUUUAUCUUGUCUAAUCCCAAACUGGGCGGGGAGCACAGGCGUCGUGCUUAGGGAACAAGAGAUAGGCGAGGGAGGCGGGGACGAGCAGCCAGGCAGCUACGCGAGCGGGAGCGAGUUAAAGACACAGUCGAGGCGACCGAGAGCAGGAAGAAGGAGCGGGCUGCGGGGGCCUCGAGGCGCCGCACGCAACGCGCCGCCCGGCCAAGUUACACGCACCUCCCGGUCGCCCCUCGCUGCCCAUCCCUCCCCACUUCCCAGAGGCGCUCUCCGCAGCCCGGGCCGCGGGGCCCCGGCCUGUUCACCUACUGGUGACAGCACCUCAAAGGACAGCGCUGGGGCCAUCCGAGCCCCAACCCCGACCUGCCCGCGGAGCGCCUGGCGCCCGAACCCCGCCCCCCCACCCACUACCCCAGGCAAUCCCGACGGCAUAUUAAUCACCGCCAUCUCCCCGCUUCCUCCUCGCGGUGAAAUCAUGCCCAAAAUAAACACGGGAACCGACACUGCAAAGCCCAGACCAGAUAACAGGUCAGGGGUGGAGUGGGAAGGGUCGAGAAGCAAAUGUAUUUUCCAAGUGUCCACGUACAGGAGUAUCGGAGGCCGACAAUUAAAAUGCCUUCCACACAAGCAAUUCUGUUGGCCAAACCGAAUCCAACACCUCCCUCGCCCCGGCUUCGGCCUACACGCGGCCAGGCUCAGCCGUCUCAGGGACCCGGGGACGUGCCCACUCAAGAGUGCAGGCGGCGGGAAGCCCGCCGGGACCACGCGUGCCUCGAGCUGCCCUACUCCGCACACGGCGCCCCGGGGCUUGCUUGGUAAACAGCAGGAGCACGUCGCCGCCACCCCGAGCCCCCUAGUUGGCGGAGGCUCUGCAGCGCAGCCGCCCGCCUGCUCCGAGCGCGGGCCCCAAGGCGCAGCGGCGCCUCGCCCUCCCCGCCUCGGCCGAGGAUCGCGCCCGGGUGCGCAAGUUCCUCUUCGCCCUCAGCCUCUGCGCCGCACGCCCUCCGAGUGGGACCAACUUCCUCCGGCCGCAGACUCGCACACGCCCUACAGGGCUUUCCACCAGACUCCACGCUACCCAGAGGAGGAACCAGGUCUCGCCCCCCCGGUCUCGCACCCCCGCCCGCCGCCGCCCCCGCCCCCGCACGAUCUACCCCCACCCCUGGGGUCUCACAACUUAAAACCAACCCCACGACGUCGCGGGGAAGUCGCGCGGCAGCGGCGGCAGGUCGAGCUCGGCUCGGCCCGGGGCGCCCGCCACACACACCCUCGCGCACGCACACGCCGUCGUUCCACGAGCAAGAACGAGCUGCCCCCGGAGAGGCGAGACGAGGCAGCGGCGGCUGGGGUUUUUUACAGUUCUUUCCCGAGUCGAAAAAGAAAGCAGACGGGAACCCGCCGCCCUCCCCUUCCUGCUAGCGAGCUAACGCCGAGCCGAGCUUCCCAACUUCCAGCCCAGCUCACCCACCCCCCGCCCCCCACGCCCGACUCGCGGCACUCAGCGACGACCGCGCUCCCGCGCACACAGGCACACACUGCCUGCAAACUUCCACUCCGCGAACACCCUGCUCUCCUCCCAGCCCCCAGGGGGGCGGCAGCCCGCCCCCGCCGCGCCCCUCCCUCUCCGAAGCCCACGCCGGGCCGCUUAGGUUGGCUGCAUUUUUAA